CGGCGGAGCUGGCCGCUCCCGCUUCGCGCCCGCCCGGGCUCUUUGUCGGCGGGUGCUGGCGGGGGCCCGCAGCGCCAUGUCCUCCCCCAAGAACGGCUUUUACCGGCAGGAGAUCACCAAGACCCUCUGGGAAGUGCGGGACCGCUACCGGGACCUGCAGCCGGUGGGCUCCGGCGCCUACGGAGCCGUCUGCUCAGCCGUCGAUGGAAGAAGUGGGACCAAAGUGGCUAUUAAGAAGUUGUACCGACCGUUCCAGUCUGAGCUCUUUGCCAAACGAGCCUACCGAGAGCUGCGCCUCCUGAAGCACAUGAAGCACGAAAACGUCAUUGGAAUACUGGAUGUGUUCACACCAGAUGUAACACUGGAGAAGUUUAAUGACUUCUACCUUGUCAUGCCAUUUAUGGGAACAGACUUGAGUAAGAUAAUGAAGCAUGAAAAACUAACUGAAGACAGAAUCCAGUUCCUGGUAUAUCAGAUGCUGAAAGGCUUAAAGUAUAUUCACUCAUCGGGCAUAAUUCACAGGGAUCUGAAGCCUGGAAACUUGGCAGUGAAUGAAGACUGUGAAUUGAAGAUUCUGGAUUUUGGAUUGGCAAGGCAUACAGACAGUGAGAUGACAGGUUAUGUGGUCACCAGGUGGUACAGAGCCCCUGAGGUCAUACUUAACUGGAUGCAUUAUACACAAACAGUUGACAUCUGGUCUGUGGGCUGUAUAAUGGCUGAGAUGAUAACAGGGAGGCCUCUGUUCAAAGGAAAUGAUCAUCUGGACCAGCUCACAGAAAUAAUGAAAAUAACGGGUACACCAACUCAAGAUUUUGUUCAAAAACUGCAGAGCCAAGAUGCAAAAAACUAUAUCAAAGGCCUCCCAAAAGUCCAGAAAAAAGAUUUUGCAUCCAUCUUGAAGUAUGCGAAUCCUUUGGCUGUAAACCUUUUGGAGAAGAUGCUGGUGCUGGAUGCAGACAAGCGAGUCACGGCAGCUGAGGCUUUGAUGCAUCCUUACUUUGAACCAAUUCACGAUCCUGAGGAAGAAAUUGAAGCUGAGAAAUAUGAUGACACAUUUGAUAACAUGGAUCUUCCGCUAGAUGAGUGGAAGCGCAUUACAUAUAAAGAGAUACUGAACUUCAAGCCACAACAGACAUUGGAGUCAAAGGAGACAGCAGUGUAAUUAUAUGACUCCAUCUUUUCAGAACUCAAAGCAGGAAAGUUGUAAAUGUUUGUGAUGUUUCAGGUGUAUAAAACUUUUAUAAAUAAACUGGAUGUAAUCUGUUUCAUCUGCACUGUAAGAAAGAGCAAUGUCUUUUACUCUGCAUGUGGAAUUUAGUGCCUUUGGAAGUAGCAUUUCAGAACUGUCUAGAAACUUAUUCUUGCCUACAGCUUCUUCCUUCUGCACAUAAGGAUUCAGACUAACUUGGAGUCAUCCUCCAAAGAGCAGGUAGGAUUAACCCUUCAAAUCAGAGAUCAGAAGACUACCAGUUACCACCCUAAGCAAGCUGAGACACAGCAUGUCAGAGAUGUGCCACAACUGCUUUGCAAGGCCAUUGUACUGUCCUGAAUGCAAGAAGUAUUCAUGUGACUUAUUCUGGAAUAUUUUGCCUCAGUUAGAUGCCUGGGAAGGCUAAUUAGCUUCUGCUACCUCAGCUAAUGCAGUGGGUAGUGGAGACACAGCCUGAAUGGAUGCCUGUGUCCCCUGUCCUGUGUGAGUGGAGGAGAACCUGAGCUCCAGCUAUUUCUGAGAGAUCUGUGCAAGAGGCAAGAAGCAAAGAAGGGUCAAUGUCCUAGAUUGUUUGAAAGAAACCAGCAUUGCAGGAAAAGAUUUGACAAAUGUGCUAAAUGAACAGUCAUUAGAUAAUUACUGUCAAGGGGAACAGUAUUCUCCUCUGAAUGCAGUGCAGUCUCUUUGUCUAAUAGACUAGAGAUCAAGGUUUUCCAGGGAGAAAUUCCUAAGACUUUCUCAAGUUUUGUACACUCUCUAGCAUCUUAGUAUUUAAAUGAUCACUGAAAAACUACAUCUUCUUAGAGGAUGUACUGGUUAUAGAAUCAGUGGUGCUGAUACCAGAAAUAAAGCUGCAUGCAGGUCACAUUUUAGAAAAUAAAAUUAAGAUAAAAAUGCUAUGCUGGAGCUGGUCAUUGGGAAUAUCUACAGCAAGCUGUUUUGUUCACAGUGUAUAGAGGUGUUGUCAGGUGUAGAGUAACAACUGUUCCUUGUUUUGAGCCUUUUGAACUCUUCUUACUCGGGGAGGGGAACCCUCAGACCUUGUGUUGUGAGGUGCCUUAACAGAAGGAGACAGUUUCCUGAUGGGAUAUUGGUUAGACACUUUCUUAGUUCCUCGUAAUGUCUGGGUUCAAUUUUUGUAUUUUCUUAGGUGCUUAGUUUGUAGUAAUCUCUCAGAGGCAGGAGAAAGAAAUUGGCAAACGUGGUGAAGAAUUUAUUUGUGAGAUUGCUUCUCCUUGUUAAAGGUAGUCUGUACAGUUGACUGUUUGAAUGUGGGUUAUUCCCAAUGUAACAUGCUGUUGUAUGUUGCUACUAGGUGAAACAGUUGUGAAGAAAGACCUUUGAUCUUGGCAGCCAAUAACUGAAAAAAGAAGUAAGAAAUUACUUGGGCCUUUGUGCUUUAAUGACCAAUUUAAACCAGAAGUUUAAUUAAGGCACAGUUGCUCUGUUUUUUUCAAUGAAUGUUUAAGUUAAACUCCUGUAAAUAUUAAAUAUUAGCAUUUGUUUUAAAAUUGUGGUAAGCAUUGAUUAGCUGAGAUGGGCACCUAGAGAAAAAAGAAAUCUUGAAUUACUGGUGUGUUUGACAAGUCACUGAAAACUAUAAUUUCAGGAAUGCAUGAAAAAAAAAUUAAAAGAAAAAAGCAGAUAAUGUAAUUUGAAAAAGAAUAUUUUUACGCACUACAGGUCACUGAGGAAGUCACACUUAAGAGUCAUACCCCAUUUUGUACUAUUGACUUUCUGCUUGGACUACACUUUUAUGUUAAAUAGGAACUGGAAAUUUAUUUUUUACUGAAUAAAUGUUUUCUCUUUUA